CAGCUGUGAUGUGGCAAGGCUGAGCUCGCGACACCGACUGACAAUGAGCAAUGGGUUACAGUCUUUGAUAUCAAAGCAUUCUGCUAUUACCACCAACGUGUGUUAGCAUAGAACAGAUGGCGUUCAUUCUCAAGGCAGAAAUUCAAAACCACUUGAAAAGAAAGGCAUGCCCAGUCUUGUUAGAUUUGUAUUCACUGGUUUUACUCUUCCUUUCAGUGAUACUUAGCACGAACUUUUACAGACACCUGUGCAAGAAAUAUGUUAAGAAUGAAGCUGGUCGCAAUAUAUUUUGGUUACCUUCUAAUUGGAAUCGUUGGAUCAUCGAUCAAGGAAGACACUAAACAUUGGCGGCAACUUUCAACUGAUGAACUGGAAGAGGCUCUAUCCUAUAAAUGGAACACGAACAGAGCGAGAAACGUGAUCCUAUUCGUGGGUGAUGGCAUGAGUCCUGACACUAUAACCGCCAGUAGAAUAUACCGUGACGGGGAGACCAGUCGAUUAGCAUGGGAGAAUUUCCCUAAUAUAGGGAUACUUAAGACGUACAAUGUUAAUAAGCAAGUACCUGACUCUGCAUCCACGGCCACAGCAUUGUUCAGUGGCGUGAAGACUAAUUACGAAGUGGUUGGUCUUGAUGGCAACGUACCAUUGGGUGAUUGUAAUACGAGUUUGAAUACCGACUAUCACGUGGACUCGAUCGUAUCGUGGGCGCAAGCUGCUGGUAAAGACACAGGAUUUGUGACGACCACCAGGGUCACUCAUGCCACUCCUGCUCCUUUGUAUGCGCACAGCGCGGACAGAAGAUGGGAAUGCGAAUCGAAAAUACCAAAGAGCGCGAAACAUUGCAAAGACAUCGCGAGACAACUGGUAGAGGAUCUACCAGGAAAAAAUAUCAAGGUGAUCAUGGGAGGUGGUAGGCAAAUGUUGAAAUCCAACGCUACAGCCACUGAAUUCGAUCCAAUAGAUACAUGGGCUGGGAAAAGAGAGGAUGGUCUUGACCUUAUAGAAGCAUGGAAACGCGACAAAAUUAAUCGAAAAUUAUCAUUCGAUGUCGUUCAGAAUAACGAGGAACUGUCCAAAGUGGACACCGAGAAGGUGGACUACUUGUUAGGAAUUUUUGCGAAUGGUCACAUUAGUAUGGACUGGGACAGAGAGAAAGGUCCAAAAGGACAACCAAGUCUCGAGAAUAUGACCGUGACAGCAUUAAAAAUUUUACAAAAAUCAAAACGUGGCUACUUCUUGAUGGUCGAAGGUGGGCUCAUCGACUUUGCUCAUCAUCGUGGUCAUGCUGCUCAGGCGUUAUUGGAAACUGUUAGAUUUUCUGAUGCCAUAAACGCUACCUUAAAAAUGGUCAGCACUGACGAUACGUUGGUGAUCGUGACCAGUGAUCACACGCAUUCGAUGAAUUUCAACGGAUACAGUGAUCGAGGCUCGUCCAUAUUGGGCAUCGCUCAAAAAUCAAAGUACGACGGGAUUCCGUAUACCACGCUAACUUACAGCACCGGUGGACCAAAUAAUAUAGCAUACACGGUAAAAGAGAAUACUACCGCGGUCAGAAUCGACCCUACUAAAAACAACACAACAGACUUUACGUACAGUCAACAAGCUGCUAUAAUAUCUGACGAAGCUUAUCAUGGCGGUGGUGACGUAGCUGUGUAUGCGAUAGGCCCGUACGCGCAUUUGUUUCACAGCGUACACGAACAGAGCUACGUACCUCGAGUUAUGGCGUAUGCUGCAAACAUGGAAUCUUAUGCGUACGGAAAUAGCGCUGUGAAACACGACUAUAAUAUUUUGGUUAUAGUUUCUUUAUACUGUAAUCUGUUUUACUUAGGUGUACUUAGUUGUAGAUAAAAAUAGUUGGUCGACCUACACGGAAUUUAUUGUUACCGAAAUUCUAUUCCGAUCAAAUUGUAUUUCUGAGGUUCUGUAAAAUUAUUAUUAUGUUUGAAAUAAAAUCGAUACAACCAUAACUUCUGUUAUUUUAUUUACCUUUGAAAUUAAAAAUAGAUUAAAGACGGAUAAGAUAGUUUACUUACGAAUACCUGGCAUUAGUCACUAAAAUUUGAAAGAAAAAAGAAAAUAACACUUACGUUAUGUAAGUAACGUAUAUUUAAAAAAAAAAAAGAAAAAAAAACAUAUCGAAGUUACACAUGUUUCCUUAUCAUACUUAAGUAAGUGGGACAGCAAGUGACUGAAAAAUUGCACUUGGAUCCACUUCAUCACAGAUUAGCCUAACUCGUUCAGUGGACACACCAAGUCUUUUUAAAGAGCACUAAUUAGAAUAGGUAAUAUCCCUAUAUGAUAUAGAAUAAACGUUUGUUUUUUUUCCUCGCACGUGUAUACAUAAUGUAUGUGUAUAUAUAUCUGUUUCUCUCUCUCUCUCGCUCUCUCGCUCUCUCUCUCUCUCUCUCUCCUCGCAUUUUUAUUUCUAUCUUUUAUUUCGUUUUUUUCUUUCUUUUUAUAUACAACAAAGUUAAAACGAGUCUCAGUCUUCUGCUGUAGAGGAUAAGAUAAAAUCGCGGAUCGCUGUCUAGGUAACUCUUUUAAAUGUAUCGCUUUUUGGCAUUGACAGUCAGACAAAUAUCGUAAUCAUUCAAAAUUAUGUUAAAAACUGCGUGGCCGAAUUGCUGCUGCUGCAAAGAUAAUGCCAAUGCCAAGAUGCGAUACGCUGUCAAUUUGUUACAACGUUGUACGUAUCGAUUAUUAAAUUAAAGGGUUAAUAACGGAAUCACGUUGACAGAAAAAUAAGAGGAAGAAAAUUAUAGAGGAAGGAUUACAAUCAUACUGUCCUCCAAACGUUGCCACAACGAUCGUGCACGCGAUUACUUUACGUCCAUUUAUAUCCGACUAAAGUACAAAAAGAACUAUCAUGUGAAAUUGGCGGCGCGUAAGCGGGUCGAAUCCCGACCUGCUGUAUAAACUACGAAGCUAUCAAUAAAAAAAAAAAAAAAAAAAAAAAAAA